AUGCCUGGUCUUGAUGUCUGGGAGUCCGCUCCGGCUCCGACCGAGGCCUGGAAGCCGGACACGACCGCGGACGCUGGCGGGGACAGCUGGCAGCCUGAUGGCGCCGCCGCUGACGACGGGUUUGCUGGACUGGACAACACUUCCAAGCACGCUCGCGGUGCUGACGACGGCGGAUGCCGCAACUGCGGUGCCGACGGCCACUUCGCUCGGGACUGCGACCAGCCGCGUGCUGAAGGUGGGAACUCAGGGGAGUGUUACAACUGCGGCGAGAUGGGACAUAACAAGGCAGAUUGCACCAACCCCCGUGCUGAGCGCGAGUUCACGGGUGACUGCCGUGUCUGCGGGAUGCCUGGUCACCGCGCUGCGGAGUGCCCCACGAAGCCGCCGGCGACGUGCAAGAUCUGCGGUGAGGAAGGACAUCUCCAGGCUGAGUGUGGUGUCAACCGCAUUACUCACGGCAUCGCGGCUCUUAGCGGUGAGGAUGCGUACCUUGCGCUCCUCGAGGCUGAUAAGGAGAGGGAUGUCGAUGAUAUCAAGAAGGCCCUGCUCGCCUACGCCAAGGCGUACCCCGACGUAACGCUCCGCGAGAUGGAGGAGGUACUGCGCUCCGAGAACAUGGCCACACACCUCAUCGCCCGGCAGCAGGAGGUCUCCGACACACACACGAUCGUGAACCUGCAGGGCCAGCAGGAUCAGAAGUACACGGUUUCAAUCCAGUUCUCCGCCAAGCCGCGUCGUGCCAAGUUCGCCGAAGGGUACCCGUCGACGCCGGCUGAGAACCUGGAGCGUCUGAAGGAGGCUGGCUUUCCGAUGGAUCGCAUGGUCCAGAAGUGCUCGAACUGCAAUCAGCUCGGCCACGGCUCGAAGGCCUGUCCAGAGGAGCGUCGUGAAUUUGACAAGAUCAAGAUCACGUGUAACAACUGCCAGGAAGAGGGUCACCGCAUGCGCGAUUGCACCGCUCCCCGCAAGGUCCGUGGCGGCGAUCGUACCUGCAAGAAUUGCGGCGAGGAAGGGCACAUUGCCAAGGAGUGCGAGAAGCCUCGCUCGGCUGAGAACGUGGAGUGCAAGAACUGCGGCGAGAUGGGUCACUUCUCGCGCGACUGCCCGUCCCGCGAGCCCGAGGUGUGUCGCAACUGCGGUGAGGAGGGUCAUCGCAAGAGUGACUGCACAAACGAGCGUGUGAUCCAGUGCCGUAACUGCGACGCCUGGGGCCACUCCUCUCGCGAGUGCGAUCAGCCCAAGGACUGGUCGAGGGUGGAGUGCUCCAACUGGAACGAGAAGGGGCAUGGUGUGAAGCGCUGUCCUCUGCCGCCGAAGGAGGAGGAGGCUGAGGCGGAUGGUGGCGGGUGGUAA